AUUAAUUCUACCGACUACCAGGGUUGAGUCCUAUGUGAUUAUCUAAUCGAUAUAUUCGCUGUCUGUUUGCGAGGUUAUGGUCUGAAUUUGAACAUAUUAAAUAAAUUGCCAUAUAAAUUGCACUGUUAGAUAGGUAAACAUUUAGGACCCUAUAUGUUGAGUAACAUAAGAAUUGUAUCUUAGAUAAUGCCCGAUCAAUCCUAUCAAGAAUGCCAACGAGACAUCGUACAAAUAGGGGCAUGAUCGAUGAUGUUCUCAGAAAUAGGCAUUAGAUAUGCGCAAGAUGCAAGGACGCAUCUGCCGAGGAUCCCCUAAAUCCAACCCCGCCUAUAUCCUUACAUGGUGACGCUCAUUGUUGGAGAACUUGGAACAUGGCGUGGUUAGUGAGUUUGGAUAAACUUCAAUAAGAAGAUGGGGUUCGAAGGCAGUCGAGACCUCAACUUCACCAAGCUUCCUUGAAAGAAAUUGGGGGUCCUUUCAUAGUUUGAAGGAAUCAUAUUAUUAUCAUCAUGGCGACAGAAGUUGCUCCAGGAAUAACCCUUGCGAUAAAGGAGAAGUACAGCGGCGUGCCUGUGAGACUUAAGCAGGAAGCCCAAGCUGCACGAGAUCGCCUGCUGUCAAACCGCACGCUGCCGGUUAGCCGUCCGAGGAAGAACCCUAUACGCCUUCCACCAGAUGUGUCUCUGGAAGACUUUGAAGCAGCUAUCAAGGAGCUUCAGGACGCAAUAGGAGACGAAAAUGUCGAAGUCAAUGAUAAACCAUUGGUGGAUGGAUGGUAUAUGCAGCAUCCAAAUACCCACGACGCUUUUCAUAUCACGGACCAGGAGGAGCUCGUUAGCAGUGCGGCCGUGUAUCCCGGAUCAACGGAGCAAGUCCAGACCACGGUACGUUGGGCAAAUAAAUUCGGCAUCCCGAUUUAUCCCAUCUCCAUCGGCAGAAACUUGGGCUAUGGCGGCGCAGCACCCCGAAUCCCAGGGGGUGUGAUCGUUGAUCUCGGCAGGCGGAUGCAUGAGAUUCUGAACAUCGAUGCUGAGAACGCGAGUUGCCUCGUCGAACCUGGAGUAACAUACUUCCGGCUUUACGAGGAAAUUCAAAACAGAAAACUCCCUUUAUGGAUCGAUACACCUGACCUAGGUGGCGGUAGCGUAAUAGGUAAUGCGAUUGACCGCGGUGUUGGAUACACACCGUACGGCGACCAUUUCGCAAACCGCUGCGGCAUGGAGGUUGUCUUGCCUAACGGCGAGUUACUGCGUACGGGUAUGGGAGCUCUGCCGGGCCCGGACGGGGCGGACAAUCCUACUUGGCAGUCAUUCCAACAUGCCUUCGGUCCAUCGAUCGACGGUAUAUUCUCCCAGAGCAAUUUCGGCAUCGUGACUAAGAUGGGAAUGCAGUUGAUGCCAGAAACAGAACACCAAUCCUACUGCUUCACGUUCCCGCGCGAUGACGACUUCGAGCAAAUCGUUGAUCUCAUUCGGCCUUUGGCGCAGAAGGGUGUAUUGGGGAAUAUCCCGCAGCUGCGUCAUGUAAUUCAGGAGAUCAGUGUCACCGGUCGACGGAAGUCGGAUUUUCACGAUGGCUCUGGCCCCAUAACGCGUGAAGAGGUUCGAUCUGCGGCUGCUGAGUUGCCCUUGGGUGACUGUUCCUGGAUCUUCUAUGGAACGCAAUAUGGUCCAUCCGCAUCCAUCGCAGCACAACUGGAAGUUAUCAAGGCUGCAUUUUUCAAGAUCCCCGGCUCCAAGUUCUUCUUACCCUCUGAUCUACCAUCUGAUCAUUAUUUGCACGACCGCGUAUUGGUCUGCAGUGGCGUUCCUGUCCUCCGUGAGCUCGAAUGGCUAAACUGGCUACCGAAUAGUGGUCAUCUAUUCUUUAGUCCAAUAGCCCCAACGCGUGGCAAGGAUGCGCGUACUAUUCACGACAUAAUUGUCAAGGCGCAUGAGCGUCAUGGGUUUGACCUAUUUCCUACCCUUUGCGUGGCAGGUCGUGAGAUUCAUUAUAUCACCAACAUGAUAUACGAUAGGGCCGAUGCGGAUAUGAAGGCAUCCGCCAUUAAACUCAUGAGAGAAAUGAUAAAGGAAUGCGCAGAAAAGGGGUUCGGCGAGUAUCGCACACACAUUCUUUUCGCCGACCAAGUAGCCGGAACAUACAAUUGGAACAAUUCGGCGUUUAUGCGCUUCAAUGAGACAAUCAAGGAUGUAUUAGACCCGAAUGGGAUUCUAGCCCCUGGCCGAAACGGGAUCUGGCCCAAGCGAUUCAGAGGGAAGGGAUGGGAACUGAAGGCUGAUGAUACUGAUCUGUUAUCCAUUGGACCGCGUCUCGGAAAAUAGGAACAUCAACUCUAGUAGGAAAUCUCGAAUAGGGUAUCGAUUACUUGCCUGCAA